AUGGUUAAUACUAGAUUCAACGACGUUAGGCCCGUAGCUCCCGUCAAUGCUCCAACUAAGGAAUCUGCAGCGAAAGGUCACAGUCGAGGUAGAGGUAGAGGAAGAGCUAGGGGUAGAGGUCGUGGAAGAGUAGCGCCUGCUGGAAAUGAAGCUCCUGUUGAGAAUGCUUCUGUGAAUGAGAACCCUCAUGCGCAUCAUGAAGAGAUGGAAGAGGAAAAUGUUAAUGUUGAGAACGUUGAAGAGGUUAGACAAGAGAAAGAGUUGCAGGCUGAGACUACCAAUGUUCCUUCCAUAGACCCAGUGUUAGCUCGACAUAUCAUGUCAUUUUUGAAAGGGUUGGUUGGUCCUGAAGUGUUUCCUUCUGUUGAAGUAACUCAAACUCCUACUAAUUCUCCUGUUGUUAGCACUGCGACUAAGGUGAGCUGGACUGAAGGUAAUUACUCGGAAACUCCAUCUCAAAAUUUUCAGGAUAGCCAGGGAACCGCACCUUCAGCUGGCAAUAAGCCAUCUUUUGAUCGUACAUGUUACAAUUAUGGUGAACAUGGGCAUAUGAGGAGAGAUUUCCCCCACCCACGCGUGUUAGAUUCCGCGCAACAGCAGUCUAGAGCAGUGGUACCCACGGAAAAUGGUAAUAAUGGUCGAGAAUGUCCACAAAGUAGGCAAAGAGGUAAUCAACGAGGCCGUGGAGGUAUAGGAAAUGGUAAUGCAAGCAGAGAUAUUUCGAAAAGGGAAAAACUAGAGUGGGAAGGGGUGUACAAGCCUAAGCAAGCCAAUAUUAUAUCCUCUAUUCGGGCUAGUAAAUUGGUAGAACGUAGUUGUUUGGCUUAUUUGGCCCAUAUUAGGGAUGUUGAGAUUGAUGCACCAUCCAUUGGGCCUAUUCCUGUGGUGUCAGAAUUUAGAGAACUGUUUCCUAAUGACUUUCCUGGUAUGCCUUUGAAUAAAUAUAUAGAUUUUUGCAUUGAUUUAGAGCCUGGUACUCGUCCCAUUUCCAUCAUUCCAUAUCGCAUAGCUCUAACAGAAUUAAGAGAACUUAAGGCUCAAAUCCAAGAACUUCUUGAGAAAGAAUUUAUUCGUCCUCGUGUUUCCCCUUAG